AUGGCUACAAGCAAGGAAAAGUCGGGCUCCGACCAUGUAGAGUCAGGCUCAUCAAUGCUUCAGGCCGAACCGCAAUGCAAGGGAAAUGUACCAGCCGGACAUAUCCCCGUGACAAGCGAGGAGAAGGCAUUAAGUCGAGCCUUGAAUCGCAAGCUUGAUGUGUGGUUGUUGCCGUUUCUAUCACUCUUGUACCUUUUCAAUGGUUUAGACAGAGGGAACGUCGGCAAUGCAGAGACACAGGGCUUCACAAAGGACAUCGGCGCUCACCCGGAUGACCUCAACCUGGCGGUGAGCCUGUUCUUUAUCACGUUCGUCCUGUUCCAGCCUCCCUCGGCAGCCGCUGGGAGAUGGUUGGGCGCCAAAAAUUGGAUUCCUAUCAUUAUGUUCUGUUGGGGUAUUCUCACCAUCUCACAAGCAUUCAUUAAGGGCCGUGGUGCUCUUAUUGCCACUAGACUCCUCAUCGGGAUGUUCGAGGCAGGAUUUUACCCUACCGCUGUGGCAUAUUUGUCUACGUUCUACACCCGCUUCGAUCUUGCCGUUCGCAUCGGGCUGUUCUACGGUCAAUAUGCAAUCGCUGGCGCGUUCUCGGGCUCAAUAGCAUAUGGUAUCUUCCACCUAAAGCACAGCAGCCUCAAGAACUGGCAGUACUUAUUCAUCAUCGAGGGAGUCGCAACGUGUAUCAUUGCUAUUAUAGCAUGGUUCUGGGUGCCGCUUGGGCCUGGGAGUGCUUGGUUCUUGAACAAGAAACAGCGCGCUUACGCCGCUGAGCGUAUACGUCUUGACAACGUCAUGUAUAUCCAGCAUUCAUAUGGCGAGAGCGGCAUCGAGAAAGAGCGACUGACUAAGCGGGAUGUCGUGGAGACUGCAAAGGAUUGGAAAUUAUGGUAUGUUCUUUUCUUCAACAUACUGGCCAGCGUCCCCGGUCAGGCCUUCUCGGUCUUCCUUCCUCUGGUGGUCUCGGGUCUUGGUUAUUCGUCGAUAGAGGCCAACUUGAUGUCCGUUCCGCCUUAUGUGUGCGGCGCUGUUGGCCUUUACAUUUUCGCACUGAGUUCGGAUCGAAGGAUGGAGAGAGGGUACCACAUUGUAUGUGGCCUUCUUAUUGCACUCAUCGGUCUCAUAAUCACGGUCACCGUCAAGGGCCACGGUGAACCUGGAAAGCGAGCUCUGGUGCUCGGCGUCAAUGGCUUUGGGAAUUUAUCUGGAGUUAUUGGUUCUCAAUUAUUUCGGAAAUCAUAUGCCCCUGGGUAUCUCAUACCCUUUUAUGCUACCCUUGCGUUCAUCGCUGUGGCACUGGCUGGCUAUGUUGCUUACAGGUUCACCCUCGCGGCGGUGAACAAGAGGCGACAACGGAAAGUAGAAAGCAUGACACCAGAAGAAGUCGAAGAAGAGAGGACUACGCCUCUAAGAUAUGCAGACCGCAAGUACACUUUUACCUACGGCCUCUGA